AUGGACAAUGUUGAUCACUUGGAUGCUUAUGAAAAAGCCAAAGAGGAAAAUGCUGUUGAAUAUCCCUGUGAGGUUUGUAAUAAGACAUUCUCUUCAGAACGUAAAGUCUUCAAACACAAAGAAAUACACAGUAAAGAGAAACCAUUUCAUUGUGAAAUUUGUGGGAAGUAUUUUGUUAGCCAAAGAAAAUUACGAAUACAUAAAAGGGUCCACACUGGGGUAAGACCCCAUCAUUGUGAAAUAUGUGGGAAGUCCUUUCUGUGUAGGGGUCAGUUAAACAUACACACAAGUAUACAUACAGGGGACAAACCCUUCCAGUGUGAAUUGUGUGGGAAGCAUUUUGUGUCUAAGAGUAACUUAACAGCUCACCAUCGAAUCCACACGGGAGAGAAACCUUAUCGCUGUGGGACGUGUGGGAAAACUUUUCUUUCCAACAGUGACUUAACAAGACAUAACCGGACCCACACGGGGGAAAAACCCUAUUGUUGUGAGAUUUGUGGUAAACCCUUCAUUAAUAAAUCACUUCUUGUGGUUCAUAGACGAAGUCACACGGGGGAAAAGUUGUAUAAAUGUGAAGUAUGUCUGAGGUCUUUUGUGUCGAAGAGUGUGUUAACCGCACAUAUUAGGGUCCAUACGGGAGAGAAACCGUAUCACUGUGAGACCUGUGGGAAGUCAUUUAUUACCAACAGUUCUUUAAAUGGUCAUAAAAGGGGACACAGCGGGGAAAAACUGUUUCACUGUGAGAUUUGUGGGAAAGCUUUCCUUUAUAAUUCCCGUCUUGUCAAUCACAAACGAAGUCACACAGGGGAGAAACCGUAUCGUUGUGAGAUUUGCGGGAAGUUGUUUGUCAGUAAUGGUGCCGUUACAAGACACAUGGGAAUCCACUCUGAAGAGAAACCUUUCCGUUGUGGAACAUGUGGGAAAAAUUUUGUGUAUAGGCGUUCGUUAAUAAGUCACAAGAAAAAACAUGUUGGAGAAAAAUCUUUAUUGCUGAGACUAUCACUGGACAUUGGCACCAAAGCAUUAAUACAUUUUUAUUCUGAAGAGAUGUCACAAGAGAAACCACAAUCAGCUUUUCAAUGUGAUAUCUGUAAAAAGACUUUCACUGAGAAACGUAAUCUAAAUACUCACAGACGUAUACAUACAGGCGAGAAGCCGUAUCACUGUGAUAUCUGUGGCAAAUCAUUCUCUUACAAUAAUAUCUUCAUUAAUCACAAACGUAUUCACACAGGAGAGAGGCCAUUUCACUGUGAUGUCUGUGGACAAUCAUUCUCCCGAAGUUGCAGAUUAACCGAUCAUGUACGUAUUCAUACAGGAGAGAAACCAUUUCCCUGUGACAUCUGUGGCAGAUCAUUCUCACAAGUUAGUCACUUAACAACUCACAAACUUAUUCAUACUGGGGUGAAGCCAUAUCACUGUGAUAUCUGCAAUAAAUCAUUCUCUCGACGCAGUUAUUUAACCGUACACAGACGUAUUCACACAGGAGAGAAUACAUUUCGCUGUGAUAUCUGUGGUAGAUCUUUUUCUGUUGCAAUGCACUUAACAACACACAAACGUAUUCAUACAGGGGAGAAGCCAUAUCAUUGUGAUAUCUGUGGUAAAUCAUUCUCUCGAAAUAGCAACUUAACUGUUCACAAACGUAAUCACACAGGAGAGAAGCCAUUUCACUGUAAUAUUUGUGGUAAAUCCUUCUCUCAUGGGAAUGUCUUAACUGCACACAAACGUAGUCAUACAGGGGAGAAGCCAUUUCAAUGUGAUAUUUGUGGUAAUUCAUUCUCUCAGAUAACUGCCUUAACUGUACACAGACGUAUUCAUACAAGGGAGAAGCCAUUUCACUGUGAUAUCUGUGGCAAAUCAUUCUCUCAAUUAUCCGGCUUAACUGAACACAAGCGUAUUCAUACAGGGGAGAAGCCAUUUCACUGUGAUAUUUGUGACAAAUCAUUCUCUCGGGGAACUGACUUAACUGUUCAUGAACGUAUUCACACAGGCGAGACACCAUUUCAGUGUGAUAUCUGUGACAAAUCGUUCUCACAGAUAUCCAGCUUAACUGUACACAAACGUAUUCACACAGGGGAGAAGCCAUAUCACUGUGAUAUCUGUGGCAAAACAUUCUCUGCAAGCUCUAACUUAACUAGACACAAACGUAUUCAUAGAGGAGAGAAGCCAUUUAACUAACAUCUGUGGUUAAUAUUCCCUCGAAGAAGACAAGUAACUGCACACAAACAUUCUUGUACUGGAGAGUAGCCAUAUCAUGUUGUUAUCUGUUUGCUGGGAUAUGAAAGGUUUAGUCCACUUUGAAGUUUGAAACCCAAACCAAAUGAUAACAAAGGAGAUCUACUGUGAGCAGCUUCUGUAACCCGACUUCCUACACAACCGCUUAGCCUGGAUGCGCUUUCAUCCAUCCGCUGAUGGUCUCGGUGUUAGGGGUUGACCUGCUUUCUCUUCUGCGGGUCUUAUGAAUAGCAAAGGACCAUGUUUGGACUUCUCCCACUACACUGGGACGAAGACCACUUCACUCAACAAACGAACAAACAAACACCUUCAGUAUUCGCUGCCAGUAUUGGAAGAUAAAUGACCAUCUUUGGUUUCAAGACGAAAGGUUUUCUUCCAUCAGGAUGAUGCUUGGCCACACAGAGUGCGUAUGAUAUAUUGCAAUGGCUGGAGCAGUUUUAAUAAGAAACGAUGCCCCAACUACCAUAUUCACCAGACAUUGCUAAUUAUGGUUUAUUUCACAGAGAAGACAUGAAUUCUGUAAACAAUGUCAGAACGUUAAUGGAGGAGUAUUUUUUCGUCAGGGACAAGUGAAUUUUGGAAGACGGGGCCCAGCAAUUCUAUCAGAUAGAUGGAAGAGCAUUGUAGAAAGUGAAAGAGAAUAUAUUUUCAAUUAAGAAAGAACUUUGUUUAUCUUAAUUUUGAAAAUAAAGAAGUAUAAAAAAACUGCAUUAUUAAUGGGAUGACCCAAUAUAUAUGUAUAAGUGUAAUAUAUUAUAAAAGUAUACAUCCCCCCUCUUACCUCUUUUCUCUGCUACUUAAGAAAAUAAUAUAAGAAAACAAACAAAAAACGUCAAAUAUUUAUAUAUUUUAAUAGGAAUGCAUCCUGGCGUUGCCAGGGUGUUAUACCUGUUUUUUUUGC